GAAUCGGGAUAAUGACUACACCCCUGUUAACGCUAAUGUUCCCCUGGCGAAUUGUUUGCGGAAGUGGAAGCUUGAACAAUAAACAGUUCAAUUAAUAAUCUCUGUUGUAAUGCGAGAUACACUCAACUUAUUCAAUUAUCUCGUUAUUUGCGUCGUUGGUUUACAAUGAAUGUGUCAAAAAAUCAGCAACACACAUUGACGAGUAUUUAGUGAUUUAUUCUGCCCUCCCAAAACAACUGGAAACGCGUCCUACUACGUCGUCGUCAGCUGAGACAGGCGACAUGGCGACUUCAGCGGGCUUCAAGGUUCUAUAUGAGCAUGAUGGAGUUUUUAUACACACCAACCCAGAAAGGAGUGAGGAGCAGGACUCUCUGACUUCAGGAUCCCUGCGUGUCCUGGACCAGGAUGGAGACAUAGUGCUGGAAUAUAAACCCAUGGAAGAUGUUGACCACUCUGCCAUGCUGUGUGCUGCCAAG